UUAGCGCAUGCGUAAGUGUGGCCAUAUUAGAAGUAGGGAAAAAAGAAAAACGAAAGAAUUUGAGGGUUGACCAAAACAUUGGACUAGGAAAGUGAGAAUUAUCCAUAAAAAUGUAAACCCUAUAAAUCUCUUGCCAUAUAAUAAUAUCAUGUGGAAGCUGGAAAAUAUGUAAGAUAUGUAGAAAAAAUAACAGAGAACCAUGCCGUCUUUACCACGCCCUGGUCAGCUCAAGGACCCAGAGGUUGCUGCAUUGUUUUCUCAAGAAGACCCAGAACGUAUAUUUUAUGACCUUAGAGAAAUCGGCCAUGGCAGCUUUGGAGCAGUUUACUAUGCUAAAAAUAAGAUCACAAAAGAAAUUGUGGCCAUCAAAAAGAUGUCCUACAGUGGAAAGCAAGCUGCUGAGAAAUGGCAAGAUAUUAUCAAGGAGGUGACAUUUCUGUGUUCAACCAAAAAUGACCACACAAUCAGUUACAAGGGCUGCUACCUGAGGGAGCACACAGCCUGGCUGGUAAUGGAGUAUUGCCUAGGUUCAGCCUCAGAUAUUGUAGAAGUCCACAAAAAAGCCUUAAAAGAGGUGGAGAUUUCUGCCAUUUGUCAUGAUGCUUUACAAGGAUUAUCCUACUUACACAGUCAAGGAAAAAUCCACAGAGAUGUCAAAGCUGGCAACAUUUUACUCACUGAAAGUGGCAUUGUGAAGCUAGCUGAUUUUGGUUCAGCAUCCAUGGUGUGUCCCGCUAACUCAUUUGUUGGGACUCCAUAUUGGAUGGCACCUGAGGUCAUACUGGCCAUGGACGAGGGUCAGUAUGAUGGGAAAGCGGACAUCUGGUCAUUAGGCAUCACAUGUAUAGAACUGGCUGAGCGUAAGCCACCAUUGUUUAACAUGAAUGCAAUGAGUGCUUUGUACCACAUAGCACAGAAUGAUCCCCCGACGUUAGCUGGGGGAGAAUGGUCCGACGACUUCCGGAGCUUUGUUGAUUCCUGCCUUGCCAAAUCUUCCUGUGAUAGACCUUCUGCAGAUAAACAAUUACAACAUAUAUUUAUAACGAGGUCCAGGCCUGGUAAUGUCAUACUGGACUUAAUCCAAAGAACAAAAGAUGCUGUGAGAAAGCUGGAUCAUCUACAGUAUCGUCGCAUGAAGAAGCUGUUAAUGGUAGAAGAUAUCGAGGGAGAUUUAGAGAGCAAUGGUCCUGAUGACAACAUCUCCACAGAUGAAAACUCGCAGGAUGAUGAGAACAUUGACAGUAGUAAAUCCAGCAGUAUUGCCAGUCAUCAGAGUGGUGUUAGCACCAGCAGUAAGUCAAGCUCACAGAACAGUCUACAGACAGCCCCCAGCGAGGAACCAGGCUUUACUAACUUCCGACAUUCAUCAAUAUCCCAGGCCAGUGGUCGUAGUGAACCAGACACCAAUAAUUUUGCCACAAUACGUCCUACAUCUAUAGUUACAAAACAGUUCAAAGAACAUGAGCAGAGCAAUGAACUGAAGGAGCAGUUCACUGGGUACAAGAGAAUGAGGAAGCAGCACCAAAAGCAGCUUAAACAGAUGGAGGCUAAAUUUGCAGCAGAAAUGGAAGAGCACAAAGUGAAACUUGACAAGGAAUAUGAUGCUGUCAAACAGAACUUUGCUGCAGAAAUAGAUAAAUUACGCAGGAAACAUACUGCUGAUAUAGAAAAGAAGAAUAAGACACAUCAAGCCAUGGAAGCCAAGCUAGCUAAGCAGAUACGACAGCAACAGGAGACGGAGAGAAAGAGUUUUACCAAUUUCCAGAAGAGGGAAUACAAAGUCACUAAAGAACAGAUGAAAAAGGAAAUUGACAAUAACACACCAAAGAAGGAACGAGAUGAUACAUUAAGAGCGCACAAAGAUCGACUCCAGCAGCGUCAAAAAGAGGCUGAGGAGAGACAAGCCAAGACACAUAAAGAGGCAAUGGAGUUUGAACUUCGCAAAUUUAAGAGACGGAAACUUUUAUCCAUGCAUAAGUUGAUGCAGGAUCAACUCAGGGAUCUAUUGAAUAAACAACAGACUCAGUUAGAAUUUGAGCACAAUAUGUUAAUUUCACACCACGAAUCAACUCAGGAUUUAGAAUAUAAACAAAUAACUGCUAUUCAAAAAAUGAAGGAUGAUCACUUAAAAAAGCAACACCAUACAGAGAAAGAAAACCAGAAAGAAUACAACGCCAAGGAGGAACAGCAGUUAAGGAAAAAACAUGCUUUAGAACACAAACAACAGCCUAGGAGUCUGAAGCAAAAAGAACUUCAAAUAAGAAAACAGUUUCAUGAAGCUGUAGACACUCAAAGAAAGCAAUAUAAAGCUCUAAAAGACCAUGUGUUGGCAAAUACGCCAAAAAAUGAGCAGAAAGCUGUAGGCAAAAAACUGAAAGAAGAACAGGUGCGGAAGCUUAAUCUUCUGGGUGAGCAGUACGAGGCCAGUAUAGCAGAGAUGCUGCAGCAGCAAAAUAUGAGAUUGGAUGACUCACAGAUUAAGGAGGAACAUGACCUGAAAUUAAGACUACAGCAGGAGCUGGAAUUAUUAAUGGCAUAUCAAAGCAAAAUCAAAAUGCAAUUGGAAGCCCAGCACCUACGAGAACGCAAAGAGUUGGAGGAAAGAGUGUCGCUACGAAGGGCCCUCUUAGAGCAAAAGAUGGAGGAUGAAAGAAAUAAAUUUAGUGCAGAAAGAACAAAACAGAUUCGUGCUUUACAAGAAAGACAGGAGAGAGAAAUUGAAAUAUUUGAUGAAGAGACAGAUCAAAUGGGAAUGAACUCAGCUAAAGUGGCAGAGGCAUCAAAUGAUGGCAGUUUUGAUGAUGAAGUCAGUCUGCGGGGCAGCAUGAUCAGUCUGACCCCAAGCAGUAGUAGCAGUUCCUUCCAAUCCCAGGCCUAUAAUACAUAAAAAAAAAUAACAUAUAACGUCUGUGUAGCAUACAUUGUAAUUGUAAACUCUCAACCAAUACCAAUGUUUUAUCACCAAGGCAAUCAAAGCAUCAUAGUUUUUUGAAUAUUUCCACCCAGCAAAAAGGGAUGAGAUUUUAUUUUAGGAGGAAAGUCACUUUUCUUCACACUUCCAUAACUAUAUACAAAUAAGAAUAUGUGAUUCCCAUAUCAUGUGAUUUUAAUGAGAUUUUAGGAGGAAAGUGUUUUCCGGCCAAGAUGAGUAAAAGAUCAAGUUUGAUGUACUCCAAGUAAAUUGUCUGUGGUGAUGAGUGAAAUGUGAAAUAUCUUAAAAUCAUUCUUGAAAAAGUUGGUGCAUAGCACAUAUUGGUCAAACAGUUGCUGUGAGACCAGUGUGCACAGACCGGUGAUAUGAGAUCAGUGCUAAUGCAGGUUGUUACCCAUUACUUUGGGUAUGGAGGUCCAGGAGAAAAAGGAAAAGUCAGCUUACAGCAAGGAAUUUAGUAUGCAACAAGCUGACUAAACAAUUUAAACAAAAGCAAUAUUGAUUUUUUGUUUCAGAUUAUCACAGAAUGUUAUUAUAAUAACAAUGAUUACAUGUGAAAAUACUAAACUACAAAUUAUUAUGACAAUAAAUAUAUAGUAUAAAAUU